CUUCACACUCAAAGAAUCCAAUUUUAGGUCACUUCAUUCAUCAAAGUUUCAACUCAAAGUCACAGAAUCCCAAAACCUCUCCCCCCAAAAAAUGGCUUCUCUUCUAACGAGCUCCCAAGCCCUCCUCCUCUUCACCCCUCCAUCCUCAAACCCCAAACCCUUUUCUUACAAACCCCUCUCCCUCUCUCUCCGCAAACCCACCUCCACCUUUGUCUGCGCUUCCUCUACUCUCCGUUCUCCACAAACCCCAUCUCACCCCAACACCACUCUCACCACCAUAUCCACCAUAGCCUCCAUAGCCAUUUCCUUCUCCACACGCCUCCUCCUCCCAAAACUCCCACUCCCUCUCUCACUCUCCACCGCCGCCACCACAACCCUUUUCUUCGCUUCUCUCAAGGACCGCCCCCCUGGCUACCUCAACACCCCUCUCACUGUUGUAGCUGCUGGCCUCGCCAAAUGGCUUGACAUCUACAGUGGGGUUUUGAUGGUCAGGGUUUUGCUCAGUUGGUUCCCUAACAUCCCGUGGGACCGUCAGCCUUUGUCUGCCAUUCGUGACCUCUGCGAUCCUUAUCUCAAUCUCUUUCGUAAUAUCAUCCCACCCAUCUUUGACACUCUUGAUGUUAGCCCACUCUUGGCUUUUGCGGUGUUGGGUACGCUUGGCUCCAUUCUCAAUAGCGCCAGGGGAGGAAUGUACUGAGCAACUUUUUCAGCAAUAACAUUCAUUCAUUCAUUCGGGAAACAUGCAUGUGGGAUAUUGAGUUUUUCAGGCUGCUGAUCAGUUUUGAGAUGGCCUUCAAAUGCUCAAGGGUCAGAAGACAAUAUCUAACGUGUCAAACUAUACAAGCAAUAUCUUGAGAUGAUUCUUCAGGUUCUUCAUUUUCAAAUGUCAGCCACUCUUUCCAGGCUAGGUUAGCGUUGGUGAACAAGAAAAAGUAUGCUAGUGUGUUUACAUGAGAAAAAUCAGAUUUGCCUAAUGUAUCUUUUUUUUAAUUUUUUAUAUUUUUUUAAUUAUUAUUUUUUAUCUUUUAUUGUUUGUAGUUACUGUUAGAACUCCAGUAAUGAUGUACUAGAAUAAACUGCAGGUUUGCAGUUACUGUCA